AUGACCCUGUUUCCCUUCUUACGUCAUCUUCCCUUUGGGUACGGACGGCUGUAUCGAGAUCAUAAACGAGCUUUCGAGAGAUAUUUGUAUUUCAUGUUCGAGAUCCCGAAGGAAAGGUUUGACUCGGAGUCCUCCGGAGGAUGUGUGAACGAGCUCUUACGGCUGCAAUCAGAAUCGCCGUGGCUGAAAGACGACAACAUCCGGGGCAUUGUGCGGGAGAUAGUCAGUGCGGGCCUGGGCACAACAAGCAUCUCUGUACUAGCCUUCUUUCUUAUCCUUUUGCACCGCCCGGAUGUGAUGAAAAAGAUUCAGCAGGAGAUCGACGCUGUGAUUGGACGAGAACGACCUCCACGACUGACAGACAAAGGUCACAUGCCCUACACCGAGGCAGCCACGUUGGAAUCUCUCCGCUAUUACACUGUUCUCCCGCUAGGUGUCGUACAUACUACCACACGCGAGGCCCAGUUUCGAGAUUAUUUUAUUCCGAAGCACACUGUGAUAUUCACUAAUUCCUGGUUGGCACAUCACGACGAGGCAGUUUGGGGCGAUCCCUGGGAGUACCGCCCGGAGCGGUUCCUAGACGAGAACGGGAGGCUGUUACCGGCGGACAGUGAGCUCAUGAAAAGCUGGUUUCCGUUUGGAACAGGAAAGCGGGCCUGUUUUGGGGAGCCCUUUGCCCGCUGCAGAAUCUUCCUCUUUAUAACAACACUCUUACAGCAUUUCAACUUCCGGCCCUGCGCAGACGAGCCCUGUCCGUCAUACGAUCCUCGAACAUUUCAGUCUAACAUCACUUUGAUUGCACCAAAGUUUAAAGUGUGUGCAUUUCCGCGCAACUGA